CGAACCGAACGGAACGGUGUCAGUCGGGCUGGGUGGUCGGUAACGAGAGUGUGGUGUGUGCACGCGCGAACGACAGACGCGAUACAGCCAACGUGCGAAGAAGGCGUGUGUGACAGGAGCGUGUGUUGUCAUGACGUUCGCGUGAGUCGCGGCCAACGGCGUUUAGGAACCAGCCAGCCGUGUCCGAGUCUCAGGAACAUGGCGCGCGAUUCCCGACGCGUCGUCGUCGCCGUCGUCGGCGGCGGCAACGGUGGCAGUGUGACAGUGAGGUGCAAACUGGUGCUGGUCUUUUUGGUGUUGCUGUUCGCGAUCGUCGUUCCUGCCGCGUACGCCGACAGUCAAGGUCCGUCUCCAGACUUUAGUAGACACAUUCUGGUGAGACCGCGAGUGUACCACGGCAGGACAAAGAGACAGAUCUCAUCGACCAAAGAGAACGACAUCGAGCACGCGGACGUGCUGACGGUGGGUUUCAAUGUGGACGGUGUCGAGCGUGUUCUCGACCUUCGACUGAACACCGAUUUAAUUCCGGUCGGCUAUCAGCAACGCCACCAGCAUCGCGGCACGUACAAAGUGCACACCCCGUCGAAAGUUGAACUCUGUCAUUACCAAGGUAGCGUUCGAGAUGUUCCCGGUUCGUGGGUUGCAUUAUCCACUUGUAGAGGAUUGCGCGGUGUCAUUUUCGAUGGUGAGAACCUUCACCACAUCCAUCCGGAAGAUGAGAACUUGGAUUCUCCGCAUUACCUCUACAAGCACAGCGAUCUCAUUGCCAAUAAUACGUGCGGUUACGAAGGCACGCCGCCGCAUCACGUUCACCGACGCGAUCAUCGCGAGGUUGAAAGACUUUCCAGGCAUAAAAGAGCGGCUGAAAUUAUUCGGGGGCCCUAUAACGCGAACAGACAAUCGCGUUAUGUGGAGCUAGUACUUGUAAUCGACAAGAAGGAGUAUAUGGCGCUCGACGAAAACUUGGACAAAGUACAUCAGCACUGUAAGGACAUCGCCAACAUUAUCAACGCUCUGUAUAUGCCGUUGAACGUAUUCAUCGCCCUGGUCGGCGUGCAAGUGUGGUCCGAGUCGGACGAGAUAAAUCUAUCAUCGAAUGGCGACACCACUCUGUCCAAUUUCCUGCGCUACCGUAGGGAGAAGCUGGUUCAGGAUAUACCCAACGAUAACGCCCAGCUGCUGACGCGAAUCACCUUUGAAGGCGGAGUGGUAGGUAAGGCUCUUAAAGGACCGAUAUGCACCUACGAGUUCUCAGGCGGCGUUUCCAUGGAUCACUCGACCGUCGUUGGUUUAGUCGCGGCCACUGUUGCUCACGAGAUGGGCCAUAAUUUUGGCAUGGAGCACGACGGACCGGAUUGCGACUGCCCUGAAGAGAAGUGCAUAAUGGCAUCAUCCAGCGGUUCAUCCGGGCCAACACAUUGGUCUACAUGCUCGUUGGAACACUUGGCUAUAGCCUUUGAACAUGGCAUGGAUUAUUGUUUGAGGAACAAACCGCAGAAACUCUUCGACAGUCCCAUAUGCGGCAACGGAUUCGUCGAAUCGGGCGAGCAGUGCGACUGCGGCCUGAAGGAAAAUUGCGACAAUCCCUGCUGCAACGUGACCACCUGCAUGCUGCACAGUAACGCGAGCUGCGCCACCGGCGAGUGCUGUGACCUGAAGACUUGCAGGCCGAAGAGUGCGGGCACCGAAUGUCGUAGCGCCGAGCACGAGUGCGAUCUGCCGGAAUAUUGCACGGGUCAGAGCGAAUAUUGUCCAGCGGACGUGUUUAAGAUGGACGGCGAAACCUGCAGCGUAGGCAAGGCUUUCUGUUAUCAGGGCUCGUGUAGGACGCACGAUGAUCAGUGCAAACUUCUGUGGGGUCCCACCGGUUGGUCAUCCGACGCGCAAUGCUAUGAUAUGAACAACCGGGGCACAAAGAACGGUAAUUGCGGCUACAAUCGCAUCGAUGCGAGCUUCAUCAAGUGCAAUGAUCAAAAUCUCCUCUGUGGCAUGCUGCACUGUAAACAUUUGAAUGAAAGAUUAGAAUUUGGCAUGGAAUCGGUCGCAACCUUGAGUCACUCCUUCAUCAAUAAUGGCGGAAAGAUAAUACCAUGUCGUUCGGCUAUAGUCGAUCUCGGAUUGAGCGAGGUCGAUCCUGGACUCGCACCGGACGGCGCCAAGUGUGCACCUGGAAAGAUGUGCGUGAAUCAAAAAUGUAUGUCAGUGGCGGAUUUAAGAGCAUCCGUAUCCGGCGGUAAAGCCUGCCCAAAUAAUUGCAACGGUAACGGAGUGUGUAAUAGCCUUGGUCAUUGCCAUUGUAACCGUGGUUUUCGACCACCUGACUGCCUUCAUCCCGGAAUCGGAGGCUCUGAAGAUAGCGGUCCAGCCGAAGAUCCAAACGCGCGGAACGAUUUCAUAACUGCACUCUAUGUUAUCUUCUUGGGAGUGGUACCUGCCGUAGCUCUGCUACUACUCGGAGUUUGGUACAUCAGAAAUUCCGCACAGCAUUGGAAGAAGGACGUGAUGUCUACGACCGAUCGCGGCCACAAUGGAUCGCUAAUCAAAACAAUCGAUCGUUCGAGCCCCAUGUCUCGUAACAUUGAGACGAUUGAUUCUAGCCUGAGUCAGGAUCCGGCAUGCGUAAGUUUGCUGCCUAAGACAGAGGCCGACGAGCGCUACACCAACAAUAUGUUCGGCCAGUUUAAAGGCUUCACGAUCACGCCAAUCCAUUCAAAUCAAUCCAAACUGGCCGAGCCCACGAAACCGGCCCCGCCUCCGCCGCCAGGGUGGAUGCCUACCGUAGCAAUAAAGACGAACAUAAUUAAGUCGAGCAUGCAAAGGUGCAAUGUACCGCAUAAAAGCAGUCUGUUAAGUUCUAACGUCAACGACGCGACCGCGCCGAUGUUACCGCCAUUAAAUCCCGGAUCUACGGCGCGACCAUUAAUCAGCAGUCCCGUAUUGGCGGCCACAACCUGCACAUCUGUCGAACUGGUAGCCGCCAAGUUACCCACCAGAUCCGCCCCGGACGUACCCACACGUCCAGCUCCGGCACCGCCGACCAACGCUUCCACGACUCCCGCAAAACCGCAGAGACCCAACAGUACGCCGUUGACGAACGUGAUAUUGCCGGAACCUGAGAAGAAGCUGGAUAGAGGCAGCACACUCAAUCGAAUCGCAUCGAUGUUGCGUCCUGGUUCCGGCAUCAUGAGAAGCAACUCCCAGAGGGACGAAAGGAACACGAAUUCUCUGCCGAGGAACCAGCAUCAUAAGGCCAACAAGGUCAUCGACAAGGAGAUCCUGAGAAACUUGGAGAUUUCCAAUCCGAUACCACAGAAGGACAUCGAGAUCGCCACAUCGGUUAUCCCGGUGACAUCAGCGACCGAGGUUGAGAAGAAAAACGUGGUCCUGCGCGCUCAGUCAAUGAGAGACAGCAAAAUUACGCCAAAACCUCUUAUCCAUACAUUCGGUUCGAUGCGUCAGACGACGCCCGUCAAAAGACCCACCAGUAUUCCUGCCAGCACGAGGCCUACGUCACCACCUCCAGGUCCGCCGAACAUCGCGCAGACAGAAAAGUCUGUGGAGAGUACGAUAAAGAUUCCAGGACUGCCCGGUUAUCAAAAUCCACCCAUAAAGCCAUUGGAGAACGUUUACGAUGACUGUAUGAACUUAAUCGCGGAAUCUUCGUUGUCGGCCUUGACAGAGAUCACGGAGGAAUCGCCCACGAAUGACAAUAUCUAUGCGGUGAUAGAGGAAUCUGUACCAGAGAAGAACAGGAAGAACACGGAAUUGGAAGCAACAAUGCGAACCGAUAACGAAUACAAACUACCGAAACGUAUUGACGCGUCGUCCACUGGUGGUAUGAAUGGUCUGGAAUCGAUGGGUCUGCUGUCGGAAAUCGUAUCGGAGAUCUCGAAUCGCAAUUUCGACUCUAUAUAUUCUACCUCGACGCUAACCAGAAAGAAGAAAGAGAAAGAUAAGGAGAAUGCAUCAAAAAAUGCGGAAAAUACGGGCUCCGAUAGUUCCCUGGGUAGUUAUAUGAAUUCGAAUCACUACAAAACACCCGGGAGCGUUUACUCGAACUCGACUUCCGGCAAGUUUAAUUCCUCGAGCUCCACCACCAGCUCCGGUUAUCUUCAUCCAUCCGUGAUAAAUGUUCCGCAAGUGGACAGAAAAGAGACAGAUAAAAAUAUUUCGGACGCGAAUGACAACUUGAAACCCAUUGAGAAAAGCAAGCUAGAUACCCUCAAGUCUAAUAAUCCUAAUAUAAACGACGACCUGUCCAAGGAACUCGGCAUGAAACCGCCUGAAAAUCCUGUAGAACACAAACCGUUCGCUCCGACCAAGAUUCGACCGUCUCAUUUGAUACAUAUCAAGAAGGACGACCAAGCUGAAAGUAAGGUUCCGGUUAAGCCGCCUUUGAACAGGACUAAAACGCCACCGAACAUCGCGAAAAGUCCGACUUCCAGAGAAAUGACCGAGUCGAGCGUGAAACUCACGAGACAAAGUUCAGAUAAUACAUUAAAGUCGUUGAAAUCUUCGUCAAAAACGUCCGAUGCGAGUUCGAUAAAUUCGGCGAAGCAACGUUCGGACGCGAAGCAAACGCAACUGAACGCGACCAAGUCGAAUAGCGAUUUAGAUAAAGAGGAAUCGCGUACAACCGUAUCUGUCAAAAAUGUGCCUUGUAGUCCUAAGGAUAAUCCGGGCAAGUUCAAUAGCCCGGAUUUGGUCUCGAGCUGCUCGAACUCGAAUCAAGGCGGCACGAAAUCGCCGGACGUUGUGGGCAGCAACCCCAAGUUCAGUCUCCCUUUGAAGACAUCCGCUCACAAGACACCCAUGCUGCCAAAAAAUGGUGGACAAAAGACGCCUACGACGCCGUUGAAACCUCUAAACAUUACGUCCAAAACUGGUCUCUCGGAAAGGAAGAAGUCUCCGACCGGCAACGCGGGCAUAGCUAAAUCAUUAUCGCAAUCUCUCAAGGAUUCGAAUAAUGCCAAGGUUGCGACGUCGCAUUCGACUAAGGCAUCCGCUAAGACGGAAACGAUCAAGAGCGAGGAUGGAGGAACGAAGACGAAUCCGCUGCAAAAGGCGGCGAGUGGUAAAUCUAACGUGGCGUCACUUCAGCAAAAGUUUGAGGCCAACAAGAACAAUUCUGGUGUUAUGAGAACUAUAUCGAGUGCGAAUAAUAAAAAGCCGGCGCUGGCGAGCAAAGUGACGGAAAUGAGCGGCAACGGCGUAAAAAAAAAGAAAAAGAAAAUAAGUAAUCAUCACGAAAGAGAAACGAAGAAAAUCUAUACUUGAAACAUUCUAGUCCGUCAUUGAUUUAUUCUCGUUGGAGGAGGUAUAUGUACACGUAAACGAAUAUACACGUUCACGCUGAUGUAAGCAUGCACGAGUAUAAACGUAGAUACCCGCAUACAUACACACACAUAGGAGGGCGAUAUAUAUCUCUGUAACUUUUUAAUUAAGAAUCCUUAAACGGAAGUUGAAAGAAAUAGUACAAGGAUCGCGAAUCUUUCCCUCUAAGAUCCAUAAAAAAAAAAACGCUGAUUUUACGAGCAAAUGUUAUAUUUCUUGUCAGGAUAUUGUAAAAUUACGGUCGUACGUGGCCGUUACAUAGGAGAGACAUAGUAUUGAAAAUUGUAAAUAUAAUAGCAUCCACUUAAAAAUUGUCAAAUAUUUUUUGUAGAAACUAUCCCACGCAUUGCCGACGUUCAAGCGUACCUACACAUAUAAGCCAAUAAUUACCGUAAUAUUUAUCUUAAGCAUUUUAUAAGAAGCGAUAUUACGAGAUAAGUGACAUUAUUUUCGAGACCUUCGCUUGAAAGUGGAGAAGGGCGUGUUACGAAAUUAAUUAAUCUCUGUGAUAUAUGUAUAUGUAUAAAGAAAUAUACUGCACAGAAACACACUGUACGUCAUCUUGUUACGACUAACAGGCUAUAGAUGCGACCAAAAUUAUUUUAUAUCAUACUACACAAAUGUGGAAUAUGACGAGAGCCCCGUGAGAGAUAUCCGGCGAUCGGAUCGAGACAAGGCAAAUGAGCAUGAGAGAGAGAGAGAGAGAGAAAGAUGAAAGGGAGAUCUUUGAAAUUUCACGUAACUUAUUCUUGUAUUCAUUUUAUUAAUCCACUAAAGAUUGAUCAAUUAUUAAAAGCGAUGUGCGAGAAUUUGUGUCCUUGACAGAAUCCGAUACAUAACUAGAUCGCAGUCAUAUCUGACAGACGUUAUUCUGUUAAUAGAAGGCCUCUUUCCAAAGAUUAAGCUGUAACGAAAUCUAGAAUAUAUAUAUAUAUAUAUACAGACACAAAAUUGUACCUUCGAGAUUCUGUGAGAAUCAAAAUUGAAAUGCCAUUAAUUAAGAAAGUUUAGGUGUUGGCAAUCUCAAUAAUAACAUAACACUGCGAAUCAAGUAAAGUUAAUAUUCUUUCGAUAGUAAAUUAAACUGGUAUCAUUAAGUAUUUCGUCUCAAUUGCAUAUAGUAUCACGCCUUUAUUUUUUCAUCGUUCUCCGCGUAAAAGAAUUAGCGACAAAGGCUUGCUUCGUCUAAGGCCGCUCUCGCAAAGACUAAUUAUUUAUUUGACUGAUCCGUGUAAAUAUUGUUUAUAUAAGAUAGACACAUAGGGAGAGAAAGAGAGAGAGAGAGAGAGAGAGAAAGAGCUAAGUUUUAUACAAUGUACCUUCGGACU